AUGCGCGCCGCAAGCUCCCUCGCCGCGCUGGCCCUUCUCGCGGGCGCCGCCUCCGCGGCCCCGAGCAUCAGCGGCCGCAACGCGACGACGUGCGCCACGGGCCUGUACAUCGUGGUGGCGCGCGGGACGACGGAGCCGCAGGGCGCGGGCGUGACGGGCCUGCUGGCCGGCAACAUCACGGCCAAGAUCCCCGGGUCCAAGGUCGAGGCGCUCGUCUACCCGGCCACCUUCUCGGACCCGGCGUACCAGGACUCGGUCGCCGACGGCGUCAAGGGCAUGCAGAGCGUCGUCAACAACUACCUCGACGCCUGCCCGGACGGCAAGAUGGCCAUCAUGGGCUACUCGCAGGGCGCGCACGUCGGCAUGGAUGCCGUUUGUGGUGGCAGUGGCGGUGUGUUUGACGCGGCGCGCGCGCUGCCGACGGCCGACAUUAAGAAGAAUGUCAUCGCCAUGGUCUUCUUUGGCGACCCGACGCACGUCGCCAACCUCACCUACGACAAGGGCACCAGCAUCAAGAACGGCCUCUUCGAGCGCAGCAACUCCUCCGUGGACACGUGCAAGCAGUACUCGGACCGCCUCGUGUCCUACUGCGACACGGGCGACGUCUACUGCGACGUCGGCAAGGACAAGAAGGUGCACGGCGGCUACGUCGAGAAAUACGGCGACGACGUCAUCAAGUACGUCGUCGACAAGUACCACGCCGCCAUCAUGGGCACCAACUCGACCACGACCAGCGCCACCAGCAGCGCGACGGGCACGGCGACGGUGGCGCCCACGGGGUCCGGCUCCGCGACGGCGACGACGACCGGGGCCUCGGCGACGGGCUCCGGCACGGGCACGGGCACGGGCGCGGCGUCGCCGACCAAGACGGCUGGCGCGGCGGGGCUGAGCGCCGGGAAGGGACUUUACAUGGCGCCGCUGGUGGUGGGCGUGGCGGCGUGGGCGCUGUGA